AUGGCUCUGUUCUUUGCGCUUGCCCUCCUCGCUUCGGCACACCUCGUAAUGGCUUUUGACAUGGGCCAGACCACCCGCUGUGUUACCAUCCCCAAUCAGAUGAAAGUGUGCAAAGAUGUUGGAUACUCUGAGAUGCGGCUGCCCAACUUCUUAGGUCACAGUAACCUGGAAGGUGAGGUGGUGCCACGCUCUGAGGACUGGAGGCCCUUACUGCAAACAGGCUGCCACCCCCAGGCCCAGGCUUUCCUCUGCUCCCUCAUUGCUCCUGUCUGCCUUGACGCCUUCAUUCAACCGUGCCGCAGUUUGUGUAUAGCAGUGAGGGACAGCUGUGCCCCCGUUCUUGCCUGCCAGGGUUACCCAUGGCCUGAGGUGCUUGAGUGCGACCGUUUCCCUGCUGAGGAGGACAUGUGCCUGUCCCACCACCAAAAGUUCACCAACUUUCCCAAAGAUUUACCCAAGCCGGCAUGCCAAAGCUGCCCUUCUGUGGAAGAGUUUCCUGCCAUGAAAACUGUUCUGGAUGCUUUUUGUGAGCAUGACUUUGCGGUUGUUGCCAAACUUUGUCAACGACGACUGCCCAGGGGAGAGCCAGAAUUUGAAGUUGAAGGUCGGGUAGAAUUCAUCCGCCAGGGACCUCUCCUCUCUUACGACACCCAACAUCUCCUCCAGCAGUGGCUCCUCAUCAACCUGCGGUGUGCAUAUGGUCUGGUACGACCCGGACGGGCACAGCUUUACCUGGUGACGGGUGCCGUUCAGCCCGAUGGUACGCUUGCUCUCACCCUCCUCUUCCCUUGGCAUAAGAAAGAUGCAAACAUUGCAUUGGCCACCCGUAAGUGGAAGCACCACAGAUGCUGAAUGAACUGAUGUCUGUUAAGUUUAUUCUUGUGUGAUUCUGCACACACAGCUUAAUGAAAACAAACAAACAAAAAAAACAAACAGAAACUUGGU